AUGUCCGCUAUCCCAGAAGGAGAUUACGAGAAAGGAAAGAAGGUGUACAAGCAGAGAUGUUUGCAGUGCCACGUCGUUGACUCGAACGCCACCAAGACCGGACCAACCCUUCAUGGUGUGAUUGGACGUACCUCGGGAACCGUUCCAGGAUUCGACUACUCGGCUGCCAACAAGAGCAAGGGCGUCGUUUGGACCCGCGAGACUCUUUUCGAGUACCUUUUGAACCCAAAGAAGUACAUCCCAGGAACCAAGAUGGUGUUCGCCGGAUUGAAGAAGGCUGACGAGCGUGCUGAUUUGAUCAAGUACAUCGAGGUCGAGAGCGCCAAGCCACUCUAA